AUGACCAAAGCUUCCUCGCCUACCACGAAAAAGAAGGAAAAGACCGCAGCGAAAGGUGGCAAAACCACCGCCAAAGAUUCUGCUGCGAAGAAGUCCAAAGCUACUUCCAAGAACGAACUACUGGGUGUGAUUGCGCAACUUGGCCUGAUGCAUGACGGCAAACCGCCGCGAGAUUUGGUGGCCCGUCGUGCUGGUUACGGGAGCGGCGACAACCCUUCUUUCAAGAAAGCCUUGUUGCGUGCAUCGAAACGAGAUCACGUGGACCUUUCGGACAAGUUGGUCGUCUCUCUCACUGAAAAGGGUCAGCAGGAGGCCGGCGACCCACCCGAAUUGCCGACCAACAAGGCUGCUCAAGAGAAGAUCCUCGAGGAACUCACCGCGAAAAUGAAGACGGCCUUUGAACUUAUGCGCGAUGGGAAAGUUCAUCUUCGCACCGAUCUGGCGGAAAAGCUAGGGUACGAUAGCGCCAAGGAGCAAGGUUUCAAGAAACUCCUGGACCGGAUUCGACUGAAAGGGUACCUCGAGGCUGUCGACAAGGACUCGGUUCAGCUUUCGGAUCUUUGCUUUCCAAACGGGCGUCACGCGGAGUAA